ACGUCACCGCCGCGCGCCGGCCGCCGCGUGCGCUCAUGGCGCUGUUCCACGUCGCGCGGUUCUGCGGCGCGGAGGCGGCCGGGCCGGGGGAAGCGGAGGCCGCGGCGGGCGACAGGGCCCGGGCGCUGCUCGCGCGGCUGCAGAGCCGGGCUCUCGAGCGGCAGCGCCAGCGCCAGCGGCGGGAAGCCGCGCCAGCGGAGGCGGCGGGCAGGCGGCGGCGGCGGCCCCGGCGGCGGCGGCGGAGGGCCGGGGAGGCGGCGGGGAGCCCGGACGCGCGGCCGGCUAAGCGGCGGAAGGCGGGCGGCGAUGCCCCGGGGCCCAGCGAGGCCGAGGCGGCCGCGGACGGCGGGCCCCCGUGCCCCACGCCGCUGCUGGCGGCCUCCGCGCGGAGCAGGGCGGCCCAGGUGCAGCCCUUCCUGCCAGGCUGGCUGGCCCAACCGAGCCGGGUCAAGCGCGAUGUCACCGAGAGCCUCACCCCCCUGGAGGACGUGCCCGAGGUGCACCCCGACCUGCAGAGACAGCUGCGAGCGCAGGGCAUCUCCGCCUACUUCCCAGUGCAGGCAGCCGUUAUUCCUGUCCUUCUGGAGGGGGCGGCGGGCGGCUUUCUGGUGGGCAGAGGCGGCUACCGGCCCAGCGACCUCUGUGUGUGCGCCCCAACCGGCAGUGGGAAGACCCUAGCCUUCGUCAUCCCUGUGGUGCAGGCUCUGUUACAUCGAGUAGUCUGCCACAUCCGUGCCCUGGUUGUGCUGCCCACCAAGGAACUGGCCCAGCAGGUGAGCAAAGUCUUCCACGUGUACACGGAUGCCACACCUCUGCGGGUUGUUCUUAUCACUGGACAGAAGUCGCUGGCCAAAGAGCAGGAGAGCCUCACCCAGAGAACGACCAGUGGCUACCGCUCCCUGGCUGAUAUUGUGGUGGCCACCCCUGGCCGCCUGGUGGACCACAUCGACCAGACGCCAGGAUUCUGCCUGCAGCAGCUGCGCUUCCUGGUCAUUGAUGAGGCCGACCGCAUGGUGGACAGCAUGCACCAGUCCUGGCUGCCGCGGGUGGUGGCUGCGGCCUUCCAGAGUGACGGCCCAGCAGAGCCGGGUGGAAUGUGGCAGAGGGAGCAGCCGCAGGCUGUGACGGCGGCCAGCACUUGCUGUCCCCAGGUUCCACUGCAGAAACUGCUCUUCUCGGCCACCCUGACCCAAGACCCUGAGAAGCUGCAGCGGCUCGGCCUUUAUCAGCCCCAGCUCUUCUCCUCGGGACAGGCCCGCAGGGGCCCGAGGGAUGGUGAUGAGCAGGAGCAGGGGGGCUCAGCAGGGAAGUAUGCCUUCCCUGUGGGGCUCACGCACCACUAUGUGCCCUGCCGCCUUCGGUUCAAGCCGCUCGUCAUCCUGCACCUGCUCCUGCAGAGGAAGCUCUCCAGGGUCCUGUGCUUUACCAACUCCCGCGAGAACUCACACAGGCUCUUCCUGCUGCUGCAAGCUUUUGGGGGUGUGAGUGUGGCUGAGUUCUCCUCUCGCUACGGGCCAGGCCAGAGGAGGGACAUCCUGAAACAGUUCGAGCAGGGCAAAAUCCAGCUGCUGGUGAGCACGGACGCGGCUGCCCGUGGCAUUGAUGUGCAGGGUGUGGAGCUGGUGGUCAACUAUGAUGCGCCCCAGUAUCUGAGGACCUAUGUGCACCGUGUCGGGAGGACUGCUCGAGCCGGCAAGACUGGACAGGCCUUCACGCUGCUCCUCAAAGUGCAGGAGAGGCGCUUCCUCCGUAUGCUGGACGAGGCUGGGGCGCCGGAGCUGCAGCGGCAUGAGACACCCAGUGAGCUGCUGCAGCCGCUGAUCCCACAAUACGAGGCAGCCCUGUCCCAGCUGGAGGAGACAGUCAGGGAGGAGCGAAAGCAGAAGGCUGCUUAGGCUGGGGGACCCUGGAAGAGACACACACACACACGCACACACACA